GCAUGGAUGGUGUGCGCAUGCGCAGUGUAUGCCGGUAGCUGUAGGCCUUGUUCUCUAUACUUGCUGUGUAAUCGGCAGCUUCGUUUUUUAAGUCCGGUGUAAGAUCGUUCACUCGUACCGUUAGCAACAUGUUUCUAACGCGUUCAGAGUAUGACAGAGGAGUCAACACAUUCUCUCCAGAGGGGAGACUCUUCCAAGUAGAAUAUGCUAUAGAGGCCAUAAAGCUUGGCUCAACAGCCAUUGGCAUUCAGACAUCAGAGGGUGUAUGUCUUGCAGUUGAAAAGAGAAUUACAUCACCACUGAUGGAGCCCAGCAGCAUUGAGAAGAUUGUAGAAAUAGAUGCUCACAUAGGUUGUGCCAUGAGCGGAUUAAUUGCAGAUGCAAAGACUUUAAUUGAUAAAGCACGAGUGGAGACACAGAAUCAUUGGUUUACUUACAAUGAAACUAUGACUGUGGAGAGUGUCACUCAAGCUGUGUCUAACCUUGCCCUGCAGUUUGGCGAAGAGGAUGCCGAUCCUGGAGCCAUGUCUCGUCCAUUUGGAGUGGCUCUGCUGUUUGGAGGAGCGGAUGAGAAAGGGCCCCAAUUAUUCCACAUGGAUCCCUCUGGAACAUUUGUACAGUGUGAUGCAAGAGCCAUUGGCUCAGCCUCUGAGGGAGCUCAGAGUUCGUUGCAGGAAGUUUAUCACAAGACCAUGACGCUGAAAGAAGCCAUUAAGUCUUCCCUCACCAUACUAAAGCAAGUGAUGGAGGAGAAGCUGAACGCAACAAACAUUGAGCUUGCAACGAUAGAGCCUGGGAAGAAGUUUCACAUGUACUGCAAGGAGGAGCUGGAGGAGGUGAUAAAGGACAUCUAAGCAUCACGAGUCCUUCGCAGAUUGUGACAAGGCCUUGCUGUUCCCCAUUUUUUUU